GUGUGUUGUAAUUAUCAUACCUCGACACUGUUUCUUUUAUAUACUUUUUGCAUAUACGAUACCGUAACAUUUUGUCUGUCUAUUUUAUCGUGUCCGAGUAUUACCAGUAUUACGUCGAUGGUCUAACUUCGUUUAUUUGUUAAUAACUCGUCGAAUAUUCGGUACCUACCAAUUAAUUUUUAUUUAAUGUCUCCGCCCCUUCACCAAAUGCACUGGCAAGUUUACUGAGACUGUUGGUUGUUUAUUAUUAUUUCGUUUUCAACUUUCCAACCGGUGGUGGCGGGCCGGGGAAAUUUUUUCCGUCGUCCGAAACGACCUCCUGCACAGACUGUGAUUACCAUUUAUCGAUAAAGACCGCAUCGAAAAUUCCGGUGCGUUACCGGACGAAAACGACGAGAUUACGUAAAUAAACGACGGCCAACCCAUCUGUGAUAACACGUCGUGCGUCAGUUCGGUGGUUCUGGUACGUUUUUCGUCGUCGCGAUCGAUUUUCCGCUACCAGACGGCCGGCGGUAGACGUACGCGCAAACUGAAAAUUACCACGAAUUUACCUCGAGAUUGAUCGCCGCAACAGGUACGUUAACUCGAAUUAGUUUUUAGAUUCGAUGGAUGACGCGAAUGAUUAUGUCGUCGAUCAUGGUAUUGUUCAUCCAUCCGACGGGAUGGUUUUGUGCGCGAUCCGGUAAAACCGCGUCCGCAAACGGCGACGGUGCCAGAACUUUAUAGUUUUACGGUAAAGCGUCGACCUUUACGGUAUGCUUUUUUUGUAAAACCGUCACCGUUGGACGGGUAACUGAUUUGCAUUGGCUGUGUGUGUGUGCUGCUAAGGUAUUUAUUCUUUUGUGGUACCUAUCUAGUCACGGUUCUGAUUUUUUUGUCAUAGACUGAUCAGUAGUUAUUUUGUAUUUUUAAAAUAAAAAGUUUAAUAUUGAACAUUGAAAUUUAUUUUUAUUUUAUCGUAACUUACUUUUUACUUAUUAAUUAAAUACAAACCAACUCAAACCAGGUUGAUUUUUGAUUGGUAUAUAUUAUUGCAGUAUUGUACAUUUUUUCUACUUUUAGGCUAUAGUGGCAAUUCAUUUUUUAUUAUAGACUUUGAUGGUCUGUAUAACUUGAAGGGAGGGGCUUUCUUGAUAGGGGAAAAUAAAGUCUUCAUGUUUUAUUAUUAAUAAAAGUGUUUUGGACUGCGAAAGUUAGUAUUCAUAAUGUUAUAUAAAACGGGUAUUACACCACAUAGGUAAAUAUUUUUUUUUUUUCUAGUAAUAAAAUAAUAAUAAUAUUUGGUGUUAUAAAAGUUGCAUACCUAUAAUAAUAGAAGCAAAUAUGGAUAAAAAUGUUAAUACUUAAAUUCCUAGGUAUCUAUAAAAAAAAAUACAAUUAUUUAGCUGUUCCUUAUUUUAGAAAAAACUGUAAUUCAAACAUUUUUUUGGUUUAUGGUUUUUUAUUGAAGAAGUAUUUAUCAAUUUUAUUAUUUAUUAAUUAGACAUUUAAAUAUUCAAUUAAAAUAAAUAACAAAAUUAGUUGUCAUACCUUAUGAUUUUUUAAUGUGCGAAACUAAAUUGUAUAGAACAAUUAUAUAAUUAUGUGUAUUCGACAACAGUAACAGUACCUAUAGGUAUUUUAUUUAGUUUGAAAAUUAAUGGUUUUAGUUUAGGAAUAGAAGUGACAAUUAUUAGUGUUUAACCACAGACUUUUUCCUAAUAGUGGGUAAUUUUAUAACUACCUAUACAUUUUUUAUACCUAUUACUAUGCUAGUUUAUAUGUUUUUUGUAAUAAUUAAGGCAGACAAUUUCAUAUUUUUUUUUUAGAUUAUUAGAAAAUAGUUUAGUGAAUAUAUUAAAACAUUUCUUUUUGAAAAUAUAGUAAACGUUUUUAACUUCAAUUUUGUGAAACAAUUUUAGUUUUAGAUCUCUAAGAUUCUGAGUAAAAACACAUUUAUGUUACCUACCUAUAUUAUCCAUUAGAUAGACAGAGACAGCAAAUGUUAAUGUGGACAUUCUUUUAUCAAACAAUUAGAAUUUACCAUUUUAACACCAAUAAUACUAAAAUGUGUUAAAAAUAAUAUUUAUCUAAUACGUAGUCCCUGUUGAAAUGAAAUGUUCCAUGUCCUAUGGUUUGCUAUAAGAAAAGUCCUUUUUUCCCCGUUUUUGACUAACCCGGAGUAAAUAUUUUAGCAUUAUAAUGGCUUUGUGGUUAUCAAUUGUCGUCAUAUUAUUAUACUGUUUGAAAAAAAAACAAUCCUAGAUACCAGUGCUUUAUGUGAAGGUGUGAAAGCAGGUAUUUAUCCCUUCGAGGACCUUUUUUUUUUUCCUGUUUACUAUAAUAACUAUUUGUUUUCAUAAUAAUAUAAUAUAUUUUCCAAGAAAUGCACCGUACUUAUAUUAUAAGUUAGAUAAUAAAAUAUUUAUAGUAUUCAAUUUAUCUCCUUCAAUAUGUUUUCUAUGGAAGACCAUUGUUAUAAAUUGUUAAUGUGUAUAUGUUACCAUUAUAUCAUUAUCAUUUAUAUUAUUAUUCGCUUCUAUUUAUCGAUGCAUAGCAUUUUAUGUAGUAAUUAAUACUUUAAUAGUUAUAAAAGUGGCUAUGGGAGCUGAAGACCUCUUAGCAUGUAAAUACUAAAUUUUAUUAAUUAUAAUUUAUACUAAAAAUAUAAGUUUAACACAAAAGAAAAAUUAAUUUGUUUAGACCCUCUCCCCUCCCUCUUUGUUUAAUUACAAGGUCAAUGCCUGUACAGUUGUAUACAAAUAUUGUGUUCAUAACAAAGUUUUUUAUAUAAUUUAGAUAGAACAAUAAAUUAUCUGACAAUUAUAUAGAGAUAAAUUAAAAAUUACAGUUGAACGUCAAAUGUAAAAUGUUUACUUUUUGUAUAGUGGUUGAAAAAAUAACAACAAUUGCUCUUUGUUAUUAAUUUUUAACCAUAUAAUACUAUAUGUAACAAAAUUAUGUUGAUUAAUACAAUAUUAUCUACUAAUUAUGAUGCAACUAACAGAAAUGUUAAAUGAACUGUGUUGUCAACUAUUGAACCAGAAAACGGUAAUGUAAUGAAAUAAUGACAAAAUAUCAAAGGUUAUUGUAAACUAUGGGUAAAUUUUGUUUAAUUUUUACUGUAAACAUUCAUGUUAUCGACAUUGCGAUGGUAUUUAAUUUAUUAUAGGAUUCAAAUAUCGACAUGUAUUAACCAUGAAAGCACAAUUAUUUAUCUGUAAAAUUGUUAUCAAUAUCGAUCACGUUCAAUAUGCUAAGAGUAAAAAGUUUUUGUUUUGCAUUUAACAUUACUAAAUAAUGUGAUGAUGAUGAUUCGAGGAAUUUAUUUUUAAAUUUUUUGUGUGAAAACGGCCUCUGCAACCGGUUUUCCCUCAUAGCACUCGCCCGAUCAAUUUUACAUUGGACCAAUGUAAUCAGUUAUCAUUUUAAUUUCACACAAUGUUUUGCGUUUAUAUUUGAUAUCUUACAUUAUAAAUAUGACCUUUUAUUAUAGUAAUCAAAACCUGUUCAGAGUAGAGCGAUUAAUGUACCGUUUUUUUUUUUUUUUUUUGUAUUUUAUUACGCUUUGGAAAUCUGAUCAAUCCAUUAUGGCAUCGAAUCGAGACGUCAUUUUAGACCAGUAGUUUAUUAUACGAUUUCCUUGCAACUUGGUUUGUAAAUUGCCGAGAAGUUUUGGCGAAAUGUACGUACACAGUUUACAGAGGAGAACGUGCAAGCUGCAAAAUAUUAAACAUACACAUAUUGUGAUAUUAAAAAAAAAACAGCUCCCCCAAAAAAAUAUCAAGAAGAAAAGAAAUAAAUAAUUUAAAAAAAAGAAUAAUAAUAAAGGUUUAUGUGAACUUUUUGGAAAUCAGAGAACUAAGAUAAAAUGAUACAGAUAAAUACAUUCCCAAUAAAAGUAUACCUGUAUUAAAUUAUCUAAUUUUGUUUUUUUUUUCACUUAAAGUCAUGUGUAUAAUUAAUUGUUGUUCUUUUAUGUGAUAUUAAUUAUUAUUUUUUUUUAAUUGUCUUCUUGUGUAUUAAUUCAAAAUGAGGAUUAUUUUUUGCUCUACUUGGCCGAGUUCCGCCCUCCCACCCCUUAUAUUGUGAUGAAACGCAUGUGAAACACAUUCAUUCGAUUUUAAUUUGUUGCUAGUCUUGUUGGUUAGUUGGUAAUUUUAGGAUAUUUGUACGUGAUAGUGAAAUCUAGAGGAUAUCUUUAUCCAAUGCCAAAAUGGCCGGUAAAGCGAGCGAAAAAGAAAUUGCGCCUUAAUUCGUUAGCGAAAAGCCCACAAGACCAGACGCGUUUUAGAAGUAGGUGUCGACCUCAUAAUUUUUUUUCAUUUUCUAAUUGGUAUUUGUGUAGCUUGUUAUUUUUCUUAGAUUUUAUAACAUUUGGAAACGAAAAUAUUUUACAGAAAAUGGACGAUAGCAAUAAUAACGAUUACGUAGCACGACGAAGGUCACAAUAACAACCGGGAUGUUUUUCCUAAACUUUCUAAUUUCGAUACAGGUUGUUGAAAAUUAUUUGCCGCACGUAAGAACGAACGGAUGAUAAUACUAAUAUAAAUAUAAUCCGUGACGUAGGUAAUAAUAAUAAAAAUAAUAAAAAAAAAAAAAAAACCUAGCUAUAUGAAUACAGGCGACAUUGUACUAUUGUAUCUACCUGUAGUUAAAUGUAAUUAUAGUUAUAAUUUAGAAAAAAAAAAUAAUUUCCAUCACUAAUUUUGAAUACGAUUAUAACCGCGAUAUUCGUUUCCGUGUGCGGUGUAAUAAAUGCUUGUAAAACGUUUCGGAAGGUAUUGUUAAUUAUUAUUGUAAUAUUAUUCAGGCGUGUGGCCGUGCUCAGUUCGGCGGAUGAUAACCCGGCAAUAUAACCACCUAGGCAAACAAAAUUAAAAUUCGCGCGAUAAAUAUUUAAAGGAACGAAAGAUAAAGUAAAAACGGCAGUGGCACGCGAGGGACCGCAACCGAAAUUAUAUGUUGGUUACGGUCGUGUUUUUAACCAUUAUUUUCAUUUUAAAUUUUUCUAUAAGACGUCUUUAACCGCGGUCGGCUGGUUAUCCCACCCGUUAUGCCGAGUUUACAUGCUGCUGCUGCGUAGUACUUGUCAUUAGUAGUUGUCGCUCGUACUCCUACUAUCUUAACUAUUGUUCACACGUGAUUGCCAUACUUACUAGCGAGCAAGUAGCAGCGAACCAAACGUCGUGAUAGACCGCGGCUUUUUUUUUUUAUAGAAAACUUUUAAACAUUGUGCCAACGUUAUAAUUGAUGCAAGAACUUGAAAACGAAUCAGAAAAAAAAAAAAAAACAAAAAACGAUUACGGACAAGGAAAUGGUUGCUGCCGAGACGCGAUACCCUUGGUAAUUCAGUUGGGAUUUUAAGGGAACUUGUUACCGAAGAUCGACUCGAGUAUAGAUGUUUCGUGGGGAUAACACCCGACCAAUUUGAAUUUCUGUUACAAAAAAUAUCGCAUCUAAUCCAAAGAGAAAACGCAAUUACGAGAACUGCAGUCCCCGCGAGGAUAAAACCGGAAUUGACUUUGUCUUUUUUUAGCUCCGGGUAAUAGAUACAUCGAAAAAUCAACAAAAUACGCACGUGAUCCAGCCGAUACUUGUCACCAAGCACUAACGUCGGACGGUCACACGUUGCGAGUGCGACCGCGAGUAGAGUCGCGUGUGUGUGUGUGUGGCGGGGGGGGGGUGUAACUACUUGUCAUUAGUAAAUAGAAUUGGAUUCUAUUCACUCGCGUUCUCCCGGUUUUACUGUAAUUCCAAGCACUGUUUUUACCGUUUACACGCAAUAUGCGAGCGCGCGUAACAAGUACAAAUGGCGAGUACUACGCACCGUGUAAACUAACACGUCGCGACAGGUCUGGACAAUCGCCCCGCCUGUGCGCAGGCUGCUUCGGUCGAUGAGCGUAUUUCGCGGCAAUUUGUGCGCGUAGACACGUUCGGUUCGUUCGCUCUACUUCUCCGUUACCAAAACCGACAACCUCCGCCCCUACCGCGAGACCGUAACCCCCCCCCCCCGUGUACACCGCCGAAGAAGUCCGCAGAGGAGUCGCGAACUUACUGCGCGUAAUAUGGUCCGGAGUGCGUGCGCGACGACGCGUCCGUGCGUACCGGUAAAUCGCGUUAAUCGCUUUUAUUGUGAACGACACGCGGCGACGGCGUCGUUGCAUUUCGCAAUAAUAUUAAACACUCGAGCGGCGGGGAAUGUCCGCAACGUUAUUAAUUCACUGGAAGCCCUUUGGCCGUUUCGCCGGUAAACGUUCGGAGACAAGGAGUGCGAUUAAAGCAAAUACUAAAUAUUCGAUGAUUACGAUGAAGACGCCGCCGCCGCCGCGUUGUUAUUAUUCUGGGCUCGCGAUUAAUAUUUAUUAUUCCGUUUCUCCGUUGUACCGUGUCGUCCGUGCGUCUUGUUUUCGCGUACUUGCCGAUGUAUACAUAUAUAUAUAUGGGUAAUAAAACUAUUACGUUUUCUUUAGGAAGACAUUUUAUUCCGCCGCUAUUUGUCGUUGAUUUUGUCGGUCCGGCCCUCCGCGGGCUCCGGGUACCUAGUAUUUUAUUUUUACAGUGUAUCGGAAAGGCGCGAUGUUCGGCCCUCGUCACUUUUCGUUUUGCACAUCGUUGUACGAACGACAACCUGCCGGUUCGUUAACAAUAUUAUUAUCGCCGAUGAUUACGGGAUCAUUUGAUGUUUGCAUAACAUUUACAACUAUUUCAAUAACUUGCGAUUUGCCGAUUCGGCGAAUUCUAACUAGGUUAGGUUGUGUUAGAUAUACUCGCGCGCGUUUUUAACCAAUGUCGGUUUUAUUCGUAGGUAUCAUUUUUACAUUCUGACAUCUGCGACAAAUCAGUAACGUAUUGGUUUUACUAUGAUGUGCGUUUUUUGAAUUUUUUUUAGCGUUCUUCUUAACGAAACCGCCAUUUUCGCUGCGACCUUUUCGCCGACUGACCGUUUUGCCGCCAAUUGUUGUUUCGCCGCUAACCUUUUCGCCGACGGACUUAUUUUCUUAAAAGAAAUUAACACAUUUUUUUUUUUUUUUUUUUCAAAAGAGCUGAUAUUGGGGACGCGAAGUUUGGAUUUUGGGAAGGUAUGACACAUAAAGUUAUUUAAUUUAAAUUUGUACGCAACGAUAAAUCAUUACUAACGAAAAACGAUUCGGAGCACAAUUCGGUAAGACAAAUUUGAAAUGCCGUAAUUUGAUCUUAAAACGGCUAUCAAAAAAAAAAAAAAAAAUACUUAAGCAUUCAAUUCAAAUUUAUUUUUUAGAUCACUAAGUAAAACUUAUGAUAAAGUCUGGCGGCGAAUAAGUCCAUUGGCGAAAAAGUUAGCGGCGAAACAAUUGGCGACGAGUUGGUUGUGAUGAAUCGGUCCGUCGGCGAAGUGGUGUCCUAGACCCGUUUUCUUAAUACUUGCGGCAAAUAUGAGAAAAACUGACAAAUUUACUGUAAUAAAAGUUCAUUAUUUUCGAUAUUUUGAUUUUAUACCAAAAAUCUUGUUCCGAGUUUCAAGAAUAGUAUCUUUAAUGAAAGACGAUUUUGUUUAGUUAGUGCUUAAAAUGGUCUUUUUGGUAUUAUUUUUUGUUAAAACUAUCAGUUAAAAAUUAAUGUAGACGCGUGGUCAAAUUUUCAAAUAUUCUGGCGAUAUUUUUUUAGGUGUUUCUAUGGUUUUUACUAGGAUUUUUAUUUGGUUUUUUGUGGAUAAAAUUUUUUGGCCGAAUAGAAAUUAUUAAAACAUUUAAUACGAGGUUAGUAAGAUGUACUUAUUCGUUAAAAAAGUCGAGCGUAAUGUUGGUUUAAGUUUUUGUAAAGAGUGUUGUGUAAGUUUAAAUUUUUGACAAAAAUCGUAAAGAUAACCCGUUUAAGAUUCGUUAAGAUUCGCUCAGAUUUUGUCAGUAAGAUUUGUCGUUGAUUAUUGGUAUAAAUUAAAUAGCUUAAUGUACUUUAAUUUAAUAAAUUUUCAAUUAAAUUAAUUAAAUUGCUCUGAUCCGGCUCCUCGUUCUCCCACCGGGCUGAAAUUUAGAAUAAUCAUCCGUAGGUACAUGGUCAUCCGUAUAUGCAAAAAUCAGAUUUCCAUUAUCAGUACUCACCCUUAAAGGGCCGGGAAACUAUAGUGAAUAUUGAUUUAUUUUUUAUUCAUUAUAGGGACGUAUCCAUGUGUCGUUCUAUGUUAAGUAUUUAGAUUCGGAGACAUUUUUCGACCAGAAAACUUGAUCCAAUCGAUUCAUUUUUUGAUUUUAAAAGCAGUUUUUGAUAAUGAUUUUGAAAGCCCGAAAAAACACGUACAAUAUUAUAACAAACGGACAAAUUUACAUAGUCGAUUCCAUUAUUUUAAACUUUCACGCUUUAUUUUUUCGAUCGGAAGUAUUAUUCCAAUAGAAAAACGACAAGUGACCUUUUUUGUUUCACUUCUAAUCUAGUUGGUGAGUAAGAGAGCCCAAUUUAAUGAUUUUCUGUGUAGGUUUCUCGAUAGUUAGACAAAAUCGGAAAAAACGUAGAAAGACAUGGAAAGUUUAUGGAAAUAUUGGUUUCAUUAUUUUUAAUUUUGUUGUAAUUCAGUUUGAAAAUAUUCGUGGGGGGUUGACAUUUUGACAGAACACUUAUCAUAUUAUAUUUGCCUUAUAUUUUUGCAAUUGUUGAGCUGUUUAUAGGCAUUUUAUGUUUGUUGGCAGGUACUAUGUGGAUAUAAUUGUUUAGCCAAACAGAAAUGUUUAAGAAUUUAACAGGAGUUUAUAUCAUUAUAAGUCGUACUUAGUUGUAAUUUUUUUUUUUUUCAUAAUUUUUAUAAGGUCAAAUUUUGAUGAAAAUCGUAAAUUCAACGGCAUUUCAUAUUAUUUAUAACCGAACUUCGCUAAGAAUCGUUUUCCAUUAGCAAUGGUUUAUUGUUGUUUACAAAUAUAAACUAAAUAACUAAUGCAUCUUACCUUCCCAACUUUCCUCCUAUAACAGUGGCGUAUCUAUCAACAGUAUCUGCUCUUUUAAAUUAUUUUAAUAGAAAUACGCGAAUUUCGAAAUGAAAAACUAGCGGUACAAAUGAAAAAAUAAACUCGUAAAAAUUACUGUUUAUAUUAAAAUAAAAAUAUAAUAGAUACUAUUAAUAUGUAGGUUUUUCUUUUGUUUACAAUGUAUAAAUUAAUUCGGCUAUAAAAAAAAAAAAUUUCACGUGAUAAGUUCUCAUGGCAAACUAAUUAUAUUUGAAAGCAAUAUCGUAUAAUUUAAGAAAUACAAUUCUGAAUGAGUGAUUUUUCUUACAUUUUAUAUGCAACCUUGAAAAUUGUGAAAAUCAGUCGAAAUAAUCAUCUUUUAGAUGGUAUAUCUUAUUAAUACUUUGUAAAUAUAAACUAGGAAAUGUUGGCCGUUUAUGGGCUUCACCAAUUUGGGAUUUUCUGUUGGUAAAUUAAGUCUAUUUAAGAUUUUGAGUGCUAUGUAUUGGUUUUAUUAUAUUUUUUUUUUUUUGUGUGUCUGUGAGUAACUUUUCUACCAGAAAUUUUGAUCAAAUCAAUUAAAAACCACAGAUAUGGUUUUUUUUGUAAGUAAAUUAUUUUUUUUAAAUUAAAUUUAAAAAUGUUUGGAUCUAUAGUAAGUUGAAAAAAUAGGGAAAAGCAGUAGGUAUAGGAAAACUGACAAGUUUAUAACGUGCAAUUCCUGCUUGAUUGAUGAGGAAAAUUAUUUAAAAAAAAAAUGUCUCAUCACAUUUAAACAUUUAAAAAAUGAACUAUAAUUUUAUAUUUAAAUCGGUAUUUAUGUAUGAAAUCUUCAACAAAUAAUUUUCUUAGUACAAUGAAUUUUGAACCCUAGUUUUAACAUUAUAUCUAAUGUAAUUAUUGACUGAUUUUACUUGUUUUGAGUAACAUCUGAGUUAUCUAUAAAUUAUAACAAAUAACUAAUGCCUACUUAUUUUCCUAGGUUUAUUUGAAAUUAAAAAUAUAUUUGAAUAGAAUAUUCGACUAUGACACCAUUAUGUUGGUAUCUGUUUUCAAUGUUUGUAUUGGCUAUGUAAUAAUUAUACAUAUGACAAAUUUAUCUGUUUUAUGUACUCAAACAAACGCGAGUAACUUUUUCAAGGUCUUAAAAAUCAGUUAACAUAAUAAAUUUAUUUAAAACCAUUUGUCCAGUAUGAAAUCAUGUUUGUAGCAUGCAUUCAAUAUUAAAAAACAAACUAAACAUACUUUUUAAGAUUAUAGGCAUACACAAUCAACAUAUACAAUUUUAUAUUUAAUUAAGUUUUUUGUGUACUAUUUAUUUAUGUUUUUAAAAUAAUCUGAAUUUGGUUUUAGUUUUUAUUUGUAGGUAAUGUACAAAUUAAUUUUAAUUUGAUAUUAUUUAAAAAAAUUGAUUAAGUUGUUGUUGCAUUAAAAAUUAAUUGGACAUUAAACAAUGAUUAUUGUUCUGUUUAUUUGUGUAGAUUUUUUUUAAAAAGAACUUUAUGGUCAUUUAGUUUUUUUUUUUGAACAAUAAUUGUAUGUAUACACUACACUUUUAAGUGGGUGUUUUUUUAUUAUUGUUUAAAAUAUAGGAAUAUAAUUAAUAAUGAGAGUAAUUUUUAGUUGUUUGAUUUAAAACAAAUAAAAAAUAAACUUUUAAAUAUAUAUUUUUCAUUUUAUUCAAAUUUGUAUUAAGGUAAUAAUAUAAUUUCAUUGUUCACAGGUUGAUGAGUGAUAUAGGAGAGAAUAUCAAGAUGUCAGAAAGUGUACAGGUUGAAACAAUUACAAAAACUAAUAAAAACGCAGAUGAAAGUUCUUCAGGGGCAAAAAAUAACAGUCUUAGGCAUCGUAAAAUACCUUCAGCCGAUUUAAACAAUGUAAAUAUACAUUCAUUGUAGUUCAUUAUGAAUAUUUUUUAAUCUAGGCUUAAUGUUUGACAAUAAUGCUUUUUGGGAUAAAUAAUUGAUAAUUUUAGUUUUGAGUAAUUGAAAAACAUUUACAUAUAAAAAUUUUUGGCUAUCAAUAAAAUUAAUAAAACAGUGAAUUAAAAUAAUAUUAAUAUAUUCAUGGUUUAACGAGAUAAUAUGAGGAAUAGAAAAAAAGAUUACAUGCAUUUUAUAUUAAAAUAAUAUAUAAAAAUAAUGUAAUAUGUUGAAUAACCGUUAUUUUUGGUUUUUAUUUAUGACCUAAUGAAAAUAACAAGUGAAAUAAUAAUGCUUGAUGUUGAAAUAAGAGUUAAAGCUUAUUUUAAAAUAAUUGUUGGUGGGUAAAAACUGUUUUCAAUAUGUUAAUGUACUUUGUUAAUAUUAUAGUUACAAAUACAAACUAACAAGCAAAUAUACAGAAAAAUGUAAACAUCAUCCAAUUUCAUCAUAAAUAGAAGAAAAAUUCUAAUUUACAGGAAAUUUACUAUGAUAUAUGAGUGGUUUUCAACCUUUUAAGAAUCGCGAACACACCUAUUUUUUUUUAUGUAAAAGAACUUCAAAAAUUAUUUAUUAGAACUUGAAUACCAUUUAUAGUAUACAUAUUAUUUAUGGUAUUUGGUGACCCCCAACUAUCACUCGCGGCCCCUAGGUUGAAAACUACUGAUAAAAAGGGUAAUUUACAAACAAAAUUAUGGUCUGUAAAGAAAGUAUAAUUUUAAAAUUGCAUUAAAAAAGAACCUCAAUAUAAAUAUUUUAAAUUAAAAUAUUAUCUACUAGGAAAAGUUUUUAAAAUAAUUGCUCAGAUACUUUAAACAAAAUUGAUAUGAAACUUUUAAUUUACUAUAAAAUAUUAAUCUUGACUAACAUACUGUAUAAUAUAAACAAAAAUGAAAACAUUUUGAAUUGUUUGGACUGUGUUUGUAUAUGCUUUUUUGUGUAUGUUUUUUAGAAGUCUGAUGAGUUAAUAGCAGAGAAAACUGAUUUAUUGUCUGGCCCUUCAAAUGGAAACAAUGAUGUAAGGACAUAAUAUUUUACACGUACUAUCACUGUGUAUAUAUAUUUUUUUUUUCACAGAAAUUUAUUGUUUUCUUUUUAAUUUAUUUUUGACAUGUCUAUUAAUCAUAAUUUGUAAUAAUGACUGGCGUAUAUUAUAAUAUUAUUCGCAGAUGGCAUAUAAUUCGACUAUGGAAACAAACGAAAACAUGGAUAUAGGCAUGAUGGCUCAAGCAGAAUUCCAACAUGUUGCUGCCCAAGCUCGUGAUCUCGGUCGUAAAAUGUGGAAUGUUUGUAAUUUUCAUAAUUUACCUCAAUGGCUUCAAGACAACGAUUUCUUGCACACAGGACACAGACCGCCAUUGAACUCAUUCCAGGCUUGUUUUCAGUCUAUUUUCCGAAUUCAUACUGAAACUGGAAACAUAUGGACACAUUUGUUAGGUGAUUAUUAUACAAAAUAUUAACCACUUGUGUAUGAUCUUACUAAUUUGUUAAACAAUUUAGUAAAUCGUUAAAAUUAGUUAAAUUAAAUUAAUCUUAAUUUUACUAAAUAUUUUAAAAUUAACAAUUUUUUGUUUUGUGUACCAACAGGAUGUAUUGCGUUUUUUGUUAUGACUCUGUACUUUGCAUCUAGACCUGAAGAAGAAUUAUCAUUUCAAGACAAAUUAGUUUUCAUUAUAUAUUUUAUUGGAGCUAUUACUUGCAUGGGUUUUUCAUUUGUAUUUCAUACAGUUCACUGUCAUUCGGAAACUGUUGGAAAACUUUUCAGCAAGUAAGUAAAUCAUUCAAAAUUGUUUGAAUAUAGUAAUUUAAUUAAUUAUAAAUCAAUUAAGAUUGGAUUACUGUGGAAUUGCCAUUUUGAUUAUGGGUUCGUUUGUGCCGUGGCUGUACUAUGGGUUUUACUGUGAGCCAUAUUCGUGGAUACUCUAUCUAAUACUUGUCUGUUCCUUGGGAUUGGUAGCAAUGAUUGUUGCACUAUGGGACAAAUUCAGUGAUCCUGGUCUUAGGCCACUGAGAGCAGGUAUAUUAAUGUUAAAGAUUAAAAAUUAAGUUUUCAUAAAUAUCAUUUCUUUUAUUAUAAUUAUGAAUUAUGUUUGUCAUAUAUUAUUACUUUUUGUCAAUAUUUAUAUUUAAAAUUUAAUUUUAGGGGUGUUUAUGACUUUUGGAUUGAUUGGUGUUGUACCAGCACUUCACUAUGGCGCUGUUGAAGGAUUCUUUUCUAACUUCACAUUGAUUAGUCUUGGUUGGUUGUUGCUUAUGGGAUUUUUGUACAUCUCUGGCGCUUUGUUGUAUGCUUUAAGAGUACCAGAACGAUUUUUCCCUGGAAGAUGUGAUUUACUGGUAAGAGCCCAUAUUUAUAAUAUCAUAGUUAAUUUCUAAGUAAGAUACAAAAAAAAAAAAACAUAAAUUAUCAUUUAUAUAUAUUUUGUAUAUUUUAUUACUUGGGUUAAGGUUAAUUUUUGAUUUGGUAGGGGGUACUUCAAAGUUUGCCAACGCAAUAUUUUGGCUUCACUAUAAUAUACUCAUGCCAAAUAGAUAUAUUAAUUUGUACUAGGCGCUAGUAUUAAUUAUACACAAUUAAAAAAGGUUGAAAAGACAUUUGUCUAUUUUUAUAUCCUUUAUUGAAAUUUGCUUACUAUCUAACAUUGAACUAAUUUAAAUAUUUGAUUUAUAAUCUCCAUACGAUCAAAAAGAGUAAUAAUUAAAUACAAAUUUAGCUGAUCCAAUAUUUUAGUUUAAUUUAAUUUAGGUAUACAUUUCAUUAUUGCUUAAAACCUAUACAAAUAGUAUAUUUUAUAUUUUAUACCUAGGUUUAAUAUUAUUUUUGUCCCAACUUUUGUGUGAACUAUUUGGUUAUAUUGCAUUGAAUAUUUUAUAUUUGAAAAAAAUAUAAACUUGUUUUCUUAUUCAGUAGGUAGUUAGAGUUUUUAAUGGCUAUUAUAUAGUUAGUGUCAAAUUACAUGUCAUAAGAAGCUUUUGUCUAUAUUACUUAUUGCUCAUUAUGAUUAAAUUGGUUUUAAUUGGUGAACCACUAUAAUAUUUUUGCACGAACAACUAGUUAUUUAGUUAGAUUUAUUUAUUACUUGUAUUACUCAAGUAAAUUAAUUUAUUACAUUUAAACAGACAGGUUGUUUUGGGAGUUAGUGGAUAUAUUUUAGUAAAAAAUUUUUUUUUUUCAUAGUUCCAAAGUCACCAAAUAUUCCAUGUGCUCGUUAUAUUGGCAGCAUUUGUCCAUUACCACGGAAUCACACAAAUGGCAGAAUACCGAUUGAGCAAAGGCGAAUGUGAAGUACGGCCUGCUGUGGUUUAGUAUGAGUUUGAUGGUAGGUGUACGGACUGCUUUAUAAAAUUACGCAACUAUUUUUGGUUAUCCAAUUUAAAGGAAAACUAUGUAUUUUUUGUAAGCUGACACUUUAAUGGUUAAAAUUAUAAAAUUUAAGUUCUUAAAACACCAGUUUAAAAUGUAAAACUUAUAUCAAACAAUAUGUUAGAAUGUAAGUUCUAUAGUUUCAUGUUAUAGUCAUAUAUUUUAACUAUGUUUUGUUUACAAAAAAAUUCAUAUAUUUUUACUACAUACGAAAAAUUUUAUAGCAUAUAUUAUGAAAAGUUCAUAGUUUGCAUGUUUAAAUUCUGAGAGAAAUUUGAUAUAUUUGAAAUAAUAUUGUUUUGUACGAAUGUAAUAUAAAUACGCUUAUGUAUACACCUUUCUUGUACGAUUACACUCCUAUGUACAUAAGGUGCAUCACAAAUAUUUGAUGCUUUCUAAAUAAUCAAUUAUUGAUCUUUAGUAUGCAUCUAAUAAUAAUUAGAAUUAUUUUAAAAUCAUUUUUGAUUAAAAUCGUUUUUUUACUAGGGUAAAAAUUGUUGAGAACUAUUUUAUUAUUUUGAGUUUACUAGAAAAAUGUUUUUUUCUCAUGUUAAAAGUUUUUGUAUGUAUACAAUAAGUUUAUUUGAAAAGUUUAAUAUUUUUGAGCGAUAAUAAAAAAUACUAAUUUGCUAUUUCAAAUAAAAAAUGUUUAAAUACAAUUUUUAUUUGAGAUAUGAUCUUUGAAUAAAUUAGAUUUAUAAUUGUGUAAGUUUAAUAUUCUACUUUGGCAUCACAUUUUUUACACCAUUCAUGUAAUAAUAAUAUUGGAUAUUUCAAAGAACUUUUAAAUUGAUAAUAUUAUAUUAUUAAGGGGUUGAUGCUUCUGUCUUCUAAAAAUUAAUCCCAGGUUAAAUGAAAUUACUGAAUUUUCAAAAUCAAUUUUUUUUCUUUUACUGUUAAUGAUUUAUUUAAACACUAUUAAAUAAAAUAUAUUUUUUUUUAAAUUAAAAAUUGUAAUGACAAUUAAAUAAAUAGACUGAAUUUUCUUGUACAUGUACACAGUACAGAAUGAUGAGUUGUUUCAAAGUAAAUCAAAGGAGUAUAAAAGUGUAUUGGAAAAAGAAAAGAAAUUGAAAAAUAUUUGUAAUUUUUUAAAAUCUUAUGGUACUCAACAAAAAAAAAAACUAUGAAUUUUAUCAAAAGGCAAUAAGAUAUAAUAUAUGUUAUUAUAUAUCAUAUAAUGAUUAUUGCAAUAUAUAUUAUUGUGCAUUGCUUUUUAAAUAUUGUAUUUACAAUUAAAUGAAAGCGUGAUAAUUUGAGUUCGGAAGUUUUCAGUAGUUAAUAUAUUAUAUAUCAUUAUAUAUAAAAAAAGUUGAAUUGUAAAGAAAAUCAAUUGUUGUAAGAAUAUUAUUUUGUAGUUUUUUUUUUUUUCUAAGGUGUAUUAUAAGUACUUGCAUAAUAUUUUAUAAUUAUUUUAAAAAUGUAUAAGGACUGCUUUAAUUAUUAAUAAUACAAUUUGAGCAUAUGCCAGGGUCAAGUACCGCCAUUCGAGAGUCGUCCUCCAGACACUUGCAAAAAGAAAACUGUAUCAUUGUUUGGAGAUAUCCAAUUUUUCGAAGUUAUUGUUUUAUUAUGUGUGAUCAGGAGGACAACUUUUGAAAGUUUGUACUUGUGUGUUAAUGCGUAGAUUAUGAGAGAAACAAAAUAACAUAUUUUAUUUUCAUGGGCUUGUUUUUGUAAAUUGUAAUAAUAGUAAUAUUAUUAUUAUUGGGCUGUGUCGUGGAUUUUUCGGGAUUUCAGUAUUACAGCGACCACCAUCAUGAUGUGUUACACUGGUGUUUUAUUGGAGUGCAAAAUGUAAUUGUUGAGUUAUACCACAAGUGUAAUAAUAGUAUAUAUACAUUUUUUUUUUAUACAUAAAUAUUAUCUCUGUGAUAGUAUUUUACGAUUUAUAUUUUAGACUAUAUUAUAUAUAGGAAACAUAUUUUCAGACAUACAUUUUAGUUGAUAUUUCGUUGUGUAUUUUCAUAACAAAAAAUAAAAAUAAAAUACUAAUAACAAUCAUAGAAUAUAAUAUGUAUUAUACACAUAUUGAUAUUUUCAGUACGUACCUAUAUAAAAUACCUAUAUUUAUUACUAUUUUUUUUUUUUUUGCUCAAAUAAAUAGAAAAAAAGAAAACAAAUUAUUGUGUGUAUAUCACCUUUUUCCUUGCCAAAAUUGUCCAUUUAAUGUUUUUCGAUGUUAACGCCAUAUUCUUUGUUAUUUCUUUAUUAUUAGGUUUGUGAAACGAAGACCCAGUU